UUAUUUACUCUCAAGAGGUGCUGGAGCCUAACUAGCUUGCCUAUCCUAAACAAUAUAUAUCCUUAUUAUCUAUUCAUUUCCAUUAUUUUCGUGAUUACAAGACUGAAUGGGGGUAAAAUUGCCUAAUCUGUGGAACUACCUGACCAGCUGUUCCAUUGUUUACACUCAACAGCUGUGGGCCGAGCCACACGCCUGGCAUGGAAGACUUCGGCAGUAAGCUUUCGGGUGAUUUGACCUUUAAAUACGGGACCUCCACACCUGCCUACGGGGGCGGCUCCAGCACACCCGCCUCCGUGACCACACCCAGCUACACGGCGCAGGAGAGGCAGAUGGAUGGAAGCAAGGGCAUGGCCGGAGCGACUGGAGGGAGUGGUGUGGAGGAGCUGGUAGAGGGAGGCGGAGGGAACACACCAGGUGGAGGCGGCGGCCGGAAGAAAAAGAAGAAGCACAAGAGUGGAGAAGACUCUUCUGCCGCAGCCAAGCCAUCCGCCGAGGGAGUGGAGGACGAGCUGGUGGAUGCGGCGCUACCAAUGCUCUCAGACAGCCAGGACGUUGAGGACCUGCUGUUCCCAUCCACACUGCCGCCGCCAGGAGGUACGCUGGUGGGGGGACAAUACCUCCUCAACAACUCCCUUCUCGACCAGAUCCUCACUGAGAAAAAGAUGCAACUUUUGCAGUCUCCAGAGGUGAUUGAGUUCUUGAGGAAGCAGUUGGCAAAAAAGUGAAGCCAGUUGAGAGUGCAGGAACAAGUCAGGUGACCAAGGCCUAUGAGGACAUCUUCUACCCUGGUCCAAGGCUGGUGGGGUAUGCCAGGCCUCAGCCUCACCUUAGGAUUGACAGGACAUGAAGGAGGCUGAAAGUGUGUCGGUGUGCCCUUGAGACUGUGUGCUUUGUGGUUUUCAGCAGCCAAGGGUUGUCCUUCCAGUACCUUGCCCAGAGGAGCAGCCUUGUGACCUGCAUGCCUUUACCUUCUGUAAUUUAGAAGCCUUAUUUCCAUCACAGUUCACUAGCCUUAAUUGUUUGCUAAUGUUUUGUUCUCAGCCCUCUGGAGCUGUAUCAGGCACUAAUUUAGAGGAGUCAACUGUAAAGGUCUUAUCAAAGUGUCUUUUGUACUUUUACCUUUGUGAGGCACCGUUGAAAGCCUUGGAUGGCCUCCAGUGAGCUGAGGACUGCAUGUUGUAAAGGCAUAUAUGUAAAAAAACCUCAUAUUACAUAAUCAUGAGGAAAUCUAAACUACACAAUUUUCAUUAAUCGGAUUUAAAACACACGUUUGCACUCACUUCAUUUUCCUUCUGCCAAAGCCUGUGUUCAGGAAUACAGGUCCUCACAGUGACCUGACAGAGAUAACCUCACAGUGCUUCAUCCAUCCAUGACUAAUUAUAAAUGCAUUUGGAACCUAUACUUUACUAAUACAUACUUUAGAAUACUAAUGUACAAAUACAAUUUGUUCAUUCUGGCUUGGAAGAUUUGUCUCAGGGGAAGACCUAGUCUAGAAGACAGAGUAAUAACAAGGAAAGUGUUCAUUCAAGUUGCAACUUAUAUGAUUGAACAAAUUACCUCAAAAUUCUGACUGCGUGGAGAACUAUACUUGUUCCCGGUUUCUCAGACUUCUAGUUGUUACAUUAGUUAAGCAUUACAUUACUUUGUCCUUUAAGUACAAAUACGUAGAGUUAACCUAAAUUAUGCAUGUUAUCAAGGCACCAGACACACCCAAACACACCCAGUGCCUCACACAUCCACGGACACUUCCAACUAAGGUGCACAAAGCUGUCUUGAUUGUCAUACUGAAAACUUGUACAGUGUGUGGACUUGACUGCCACUAAAUGCAAGGUUUGGAGCAAGUGCCAUAAACAGAAUGAAUAUUAGUUUGGACAAUACACCUGUACUGCUUGUAUGAGUGUUGUGCUUAUGAGAGGCCAGAGCCAACACUCCUAGUAUAAGGCUAUUACUGGUUGGCUGUGUUUACUUCAUCGUAACAGAACUGAAUGUUUCAUAUUUUGUGUUUUGCUAUGGAAGAGUUGAGUCAAGAUGUAUUUUUGUAUGUGCCACAAAUUUUAAGGGGAGGCACACAAACUUGGGUUUACGAAUACUACUUAUAAAUGCAAACUCAGUUACCUUAAGACUAGUAUUAUCAAUUAGAGUUAUAUUUGAGGCCAUUAGUACAUAUUUCCAUUGAUAUACUGGGUGGUACUUUGUUCCAUGCCGUGAACCAUACAGGUUUUGUCUUGCAGAGGCACAAGCUAGGGCAGACUGGUGGAACAGUGUGAUUCAUAUGCCAACAAAUGGUGCUGUGCAGCAAACCAAGUGUACUGCCUAUGUGUGGUUUCCAAGCUCAGUAGUGUGUCAUGUGUCCAGUCAGGUCUGUAUUUCGACAACAGUACUUUUGAGAGCUGAGUUUUUUUUGUAGCCUCUCAAGUACAAUGUUGGCUCUUUGGGGUCUUCAGUUCAGUUCAGUUGAUGUGGCGAAGUAUAGCCUUUGUAUCAGCGCUUCUGUCACUGCUGUUUUUCACUGUGGGUUCUGCUCCUUUAUCUUAAUUUCUUUUUUUUCCAGAUUUCAAUCAGUUCUUUUUUAUUCUCAUUGUUUUCUUUGAUGAAUAAAAACUUUCCUAUGAUA